AGAGGGUGGGAGCGCGUGCUGCUGGGAGUUGUCUGGAGGCCUGCGGCGCGGGGCUGAGCGCCCUCGGACAGAGCAAUCAUGUCCCACAAACAAAUCUACUAUUCGGACAAAUACGACGACGAGGAGUUCGAAUACCGGCAUGUCAUGUUGCCCAAGGACAUAGCCAAGCUGGUCCCGAAAACCCAUCUGAUGUCUGAAUCUGAAUGGAGGAACCUCGGCGUUCAGCAGAGUCAGGGAUGGGUCCACUAUAUGAUCCAUGAACCAGAACCUCACAUCUUACUGUUCCGACGGCCACUGCCCAAGAAGCCAAAGAAAUGAAGCCGGCGAACCGCCUUCCGGCCUCGAGCGGUCCACAGCUGUCCUCACUCCCUGCCAUCUUUCUGAUCGCGUGACCAUGUUGCUUUCUUAUUUCUCACUUUGAUAUGUAAAGGAUACACUGUUUGAAUGUGCUGGUACCUGCUUUGCUUCUGGAGUUGAGCCACCAGUGCCACAGCCCUGUCAGAUGAGUGUGACCUCAAAGCCCUCGUGUGCGCGGGACCCAGCAGGCCAUAUUAGUCAUUUGGCAGAAGCAUGUGAAAUCUAGAUCAUGGCUGUUACAAGGAUGGUGUGAAUUUGCUGACGUGUUUUUUACUAUUGGGUAUUGUAUUUAUGAUGACUUAUGGAUUUAUGUUUCAAUGUAUUGGAAAUUUUGCAUUUUAUCUGACAGAUCUCUUCCAUGUUACAAGCCUUGAUUAAAGGAAGUUUUUUAUAAUCUUAA